CAUUCAACUUCAGCUGUGAGACGUAGAUUUGUGAGAUUCUCCUGGAUUGAAAAGAGUUUUGGGGCGAUGGAAGACAGUGGAAUUGACAGUGGAGAGAAAAAUGUAAGUCAGGAAGCGCAGAUUGUGAUUUUAACGAUUUUAUUGAAAGCUGAUGAGCGCCAAAUGUUGCAGGAAAAGAUAGUCCUCGGUGGUGUUCGCGAGAGUGAGGAGAGUUCCUCCAAUGAGGACGAGAUUGAGGUGAUCUUUAGAGGUGUUCCCAGUGCCUCGAAGACGACUUAUGUGCCGCCCACGAGCAGUUGUCGGAUGAUGCAGAGGAAGUUGGAGUUGAAAGUGGAGAGAGCGAAGAGAACUUACCAGAAACUCCUCAAGACUGACGAUUCACCACAAACCAAGUCAUCAAACAUCAUUCCAAUAAAUCGCCUCCAAAUUCCCGGACACGUGGAAGAUCAGCCACUUGUGGAAUACAAGUCUGAUCACAGUGAUGACGAACUGUCCCCGUCCUUCUUCCCCAACAGCAGAACAGCCCUCAAGAAGCACGACUUCGACACAUUCAGCAUACAAGAGCUUCCAGUAUCGAAUUCCGAGGACGAAGACUCCCAGACCCUUGAGCUUGUGCCUCCGACUUCCGAGGAUCACUUCCUCACGAAGUUGACCAAUCUAUUUUGCUGUGGCAAUUGAGUGUUUUGAGCGUUCAAAGCAUAUAUUUACUUUCGACUUCUUCUAUGGCUAAAAAUUGUUAAUAAAUUUGCGAGAAUUUUCGCUAAGAAAA